GAAAUCCAGAGCGAGUGGUAAACAGCGCUUGCUCACAUGAGAGGCCUGGCCAAUGAGCAGAAAGAGGUGGGCGGGCGCUCGCUGGAAGCAACCGAGGGGGCUGUCGCGGCGACCAGCGGAGGAGGUGGAGGAAAAUGGCGCCGAGCUCGAAAUCUGAGCGAGGCGGCGCGUCAGGAGGAAAGCGGGGCUCGGCGGAGUCGGGGCGCGGAGGGAGGCGGGAGCAUGUGGUGAGGCAGCUCGAGCGCGUCAAGAUCAGUGGACAGCUCUCACCUCGUCUCUUCCGUAAGCUGCCACCAAGAGUUUGUGUAUCCCUGAAGAACAUUGUUGAUGAACAUUUCUUGUGUGCAGGGCACAUUUUCCUUGGCUUCUCAAAGUGUGGGAGAUACAUCUUGUCCUAUACCAGCAGCAAUAGUGAUGAUGACUUCUCCUUCUAUAUCUACUAUCUCUAUUGGUGGGAGUUCAAUGUCCACAGCAAACUAAAAAUGGUACGUCAGGUUCGAUUGUUCCAGGAUGAAGAAAUCUACAGUGACCUCUACCUGACCGUAUGCGAAUGGCCCAGUGACUCAUCCAAGGUCAUCGUCUUUGGUUUCAAUACCCGUUCAGCCAAUGGCCUGCUUAUGAACAUGAUGAUGAGUGAUGAAAACCAUCGGGAUAUCUACAUCAGUGCAGUUGCUAUGCCUCCUCUUGUGCACUGUCACAGCUGCAGGGACAUGGCCAUUGCACAUCCAGGUGAUCCCCACGCCAAAUGUCUGCAGCAUGGCUUCAUGCUGCACACCAAGUACCAGGUGGUGUACCCUUUCCCCACAUUCCAGCCAGCAUUCCAGCUUAAGAAGGACCAAGUAGUGCUGCUUAAUACCAGCUACUCUCUAGUGGCUUGUGCUGUUUCCGUGCACACAUCAGAUGACAGCAACUUCUGCCAAAUCCUUUAUGAUAGGAGUCGUCAGCCCUGGUCUCCUGUUGAGGUCAGCCACACAACCCUCAUCUCACAGUGCUCUGUGGGCUCAGAAGAAGGGAUGGAAAAAGACAACUGUUCUUGCCAGAGUGUAGCUGCAUUGCAGCAGCCCAUUGCUGUGUCUCCACAGGACACAGAAAAUCACGUCUCUCCUGCUGUAGCGAUGGCAAAGGAAUUUGUUGCGGACAUCUUCCGAAGGGCCAAGGAGGCCAAAGGCCCUGCCCCAAUGGAAGAGGAGGCAGGCAGUGGGCUUCAGUGCUUUAUUGACUCUAAUGGGGCCCUUGCCCAGGGUUCUUCAGCUUCUUGGGAUCUUGGGAAAGGUUUGGGGUCUUACUUGUAUGGUGGUGGCACGUGUAUCUCCACAUCUCCUGGAUCAGACAGCAUUUCUGAUGCAGAUGGGUCCCCCAAAGAUUCUCCCACUGCCAGGACUGGACUGGAAAGCCAGCCAGCCGAGCCAGGCUAUAUAAACUAUACUAAACUGCGCUAUGUCCUGGAGCCAAGUGACUCCUCUGAGGCAGAAGAUGAGUAUGAGGAUGACAAGAUGUCCCUGCCAUUUGUUGUGACAGACCUGCGGGGAAGAAAUUUGAAGCUGCUGAAGGAGAAGGCUGUUUGUCAGGGCCAAUACUUAACAGUGGAGCAGCUGACUCUAGAUUUUGAAUAUGUCAUUAAUGAAGUGAUCCGGAACGAUGCCUCUUGGUCCAAGCAGUUUUGCUCCUUCAGUGACUAUGACAUCGUCAUCUUAGAGGUGUGUCCAGAAACCAAUCAAGUUAUCAUCAAUAUUGGACUCCUGCUCCUAGCCUUUCCUUCCCCUGAUGAAGAGGGACAGCUCAGGCCAAAGACCUAUCACACCAGCCUCAAAGUAGCAUGGGAUCUGAACACUGGCAUCUUUCUCACAGUCAGUGUGGGAGACCUCACAGAAGUCAAAGGGCAGACCAGUGGUAGCGUGUGGAGCUCCUACCGGAAAAACUGUGUGGACAUGGUAAUGAAGUGGCUGGUGCCAGAGAGCAGUGGUCGUUAUGUCAACAGGAUGACUAAUGAGGCCCUUCAUAAAGGCUGCUCCUUGAAAUUCCUUGCAGACAAUGAGCGUUACACAUGGAUUGUCUUAUGAGGCCAGGUUCAGAGGCGAAGCUUACAACAGUAGUUCAUUUCCUGCCAUAAUUGUAUGUCAGAUUCAACUACCUCCCUUGUUUAAAGUUUUAAAUUUUCCUAUCCCUUUUGAUUUGACAGUUGCCCAGAUGACCUUGAGUGCAUCUGAAUUGGUUUGUGGGUAGAACCACACACCCCGCUUCAUUGUUUCUACAUGUGGGGUGGGAAACACAAGGCUGGUCCAGAUGCUGUGAAAAGCCUACCUCUCCUUGAAGGCUAGUCUUAUUAAUUGGACAACACAGGCUCUAACAGAGCUGGAGAGCUCCCAGAAAGCAGCUGCUUCUGCUUGGCUGGGGCCCUGUGCAGUUAUAUCCAUUUGUACUUGGUGAACCAGCAAGGAGUCUCUCUAGGAGGCAAGUAUUCUACAGGGUUUGCCCUUCCUGGGGCUAGAACUUGAAAUGAUUGUGGGGCAAUGAUUCUUAAGGAGACCAAAACCACCUUCUUAUUUGAGUGUGUGUUUCAGACUUUCCCCCCAAAGCAUAAAUUACUCCCCUUGUGGAUGGGCCACAAAUAUUUUCAUUCCCCUUUUAAUUUGUCUCAAGCAGGCUUUCUGUUCCCUGCAAUAAACAUUUAAAUCUGAGAA